UGCUGACGAGAAGAUUUGAUUAAACUUACUCUGCUGUCAUCGAUGUGAACUAAAGGAAUCAAUGCCAAAUGAAUUUAAAAACACUACAAACCUCUCAAAAGUCGUACUCACUUAUUGGUUUUGGACCGGCCCGACAGUGUCCGCACCAGCUUCUGGUUAACGCUGGUUACACAAAGGUUAAGAGCGGUCCAGCCAUCUAGAGGAAUCACUAUUGUACUAAGGAUUUAUUCGUUAAAAUUGAAUUUUAAGCCGAGUUAAACGUCAACUCCGCUGCAUGUUUGUUUCUCACAAUCUUUGAGAGGUUUUAGUGUAAGUGUUUCACAGUUGAAUCUUUUACUCUUUUCUCGAAAAUCACCAGAUUCUAGGAAAAGCUUAUUUUUGCUUAUUUUUUGUUUUACAAUGUUGAUCAACGAACUUGCCGAUGAUUGUUUACUCACCAUUUUUGAAUAUGUGAAUGACUUGGAUGAUUUAAUAAACUGCUACAAAGUGUGUGUUGGAUGGAGCUAUUUAAUUGCUAAGCGAGCUAGAAAAGUUAAAUAUUUGUUGGAGGAUCCUCAUCAAACAGCUGAUAUUAAUCGUUGGCCCGAUCACAGUGCUGAUUAUUCAGAUAUACAAUAUCUAUUUGAUUGUGUUUAUUAUCAAGGAAAAGAUAAGAUUGAUGUUGUCUGUUUGAACAAGUUAUUUCCAAAUUUGAAAAUUUUUGAAUUAACAGAUAGAUUUCAAAAUAAAGUAAGCAGAAUGGAUAUCGUUUCAUUUGUCAGAAAUCAUGCUUCUUUGAAAGGGAUAAUUGAUUUAGAUUCAAAAAAUCCAUUGGAAGAAUAUUGUGAUAAACUCGAAAUGCUAUCUUGCUGGUCAUUUGAGUCGAGCAAAAUACCAAAUGGUUCCAGGAUAAAACAAUUGUUCAUUGAAUCUGAUGAUUCUCUUGAGGAUGUCAAAAGAUAUGCACAUGAUUUUCCUAAUCUUGAAAAAUUACAAACGUCUGUUAAUAAGAAUGGUAAUUAUGUGAUACAAUACUUUUUCGUGAAAAGUGCUUGCUAAUAAAAAUUUUAGGUAAGGCUGUAGAAGUAACCGUAGGCUCACUUCUCCUCUCAUUAGCCGCAUCUAGUUUCGGCUCAAGCCGAGCGGCUAAUUAAAAAAACUUAAUAUUUAAGGGUUAAAUUUAACAAUUAACUUUGUUAUUACCUU